AUGGCGAAGAUCAAGAUCAAGGACGGAAUGCCCAAGGUACAAAAGGAACACGUCGAUCACUACUUCGAGACUUUAAACGACCCGGGACUGGUGGACCAGCUCACGAGAUUGCUUCUGGCGGAUGUGGGCGGAUCGGGAAAAGUGCUCAAAGCCAGGCAGAGGACGAAGGCGCGGCGAGGUUAA